AUGGCACCUCUGAGCGGAGCGGUCUCAUACAAAAAGAAAGAUGGCACCCUAACCCUGUCCAAAGAUGAGCAGACACUCACCUGGACUCCAGCUGUCGCCGGUGUGGGGGGUGUGAAUAUUCCUGUGUCGACCAUUACCAAUCUACAACAGACCCCCGCCACGAACCCUAAAGUGAUGCUCAAGGUCUUUGUUCUUCCCCCGAAUUCCCCGGCGUAUAGCACACCGAUCCAGUAUGUCUUUUCGUUCACGGCUGGGCCGGACUCCGCCCGCCCGCAGGCCGAUGCAAUCAAAACCGCACUGAGCACCCGAAUGAACGCGAUCAAGACAGGAACACCCUCGCAGACGCCGACACCCGGCGGCGGUGGUGGGGGUGCGCCGAUGUCUGCGGCAAUGGCAAUUGCCAGUGCAGUUACGUCGGCCGGGUUGUCGAAGAACCCGUGGGACGACGACAAUAGGCUGAAGGGAGAUGUGGAGCUGCAACAGUCACUGCUGAAAGCCGACCCCACGUUACAGCGGAUGUUCAUGGAGUCGAUGCACACAAAGCCGGAUAGCCUGACCUCGGGGCAGUUCAUGUCCCAGUUCUGGUCGAGCCGCUGCCACCUCUUGCGCGCACAUGCGAUCGAGCGGACUCAGACUCGUGGCUCGUAUAACGUUCUGUCAUCGCUAAAGCCGCGCCAAGAGGAGAACGUGACCCGGAUGAAUAUUAGCAAGGAGCAGAUUUCGCUUAUCUUUACUCAGCACCCGCUCGUCAAGCGCGUGUAUGACCAGAAUACCCCCAAGCUGAAUGAGCAACAAUUUUGGUCGCGGUUCUUCCAGAGCCGCCUGUUCAAGAAGCUGCGUGGAGAACGUAUCACUGAUAAGGAUGCUACCGAUGCUAUUUUGGAUAAGUAUCUACAAGAAGAGAAUACAGACGCUAACCGCGAGGCGUUCGUCCCACACUUUAUGGACUUGGCUGGAAAUGAAGGCCAUCACAGCCAGCGCCGUGGAAACCGGCCGGAUCUAGACAUGCGGCCUUCUGGUGCAGACAAAGUGCCUAUCAUUCGGACACUCAACCAUCUUAGUGAGAAGAUCAUGGCCAACGUUGCGCCAGCAGAUGGCGACGUAACUGCUCCCAUCGGUAUAGAUGAGGAGACUUGGCAGCAAAUGCAGUUGCGAGAUCUCCAGGGAGAUGAGGAGCAGACCCGCGUCACCCUCAACAUCCGCGAUCAAAGCCGCUUCUUCGAGCAGACCCAGGAGGACGAGCAGACCCGGGCAUUUGCCCGGCAAGAUCCACACCAGAUCUUGAAGACUCUUCGGACGGAGAUCGCAGUGAGUCUUCCGCUUGGUGGUACUGCGCCACUUCAGAAAAUUGUCGAUCCAGGUGACGACGAUGACGAGGAGAUGGAAGGUGUACCGGCCGGCAAGCGUCCCGUCGGAUCGUCUGCGGCCAUGCACGAUGCAUUUGCUCAGAUCCUGAGUGCCGUCCGAGAGCGGCGCGACCACCUGAAUGAGGGGUCCACGUCCGAUACCUACGGACUUUCCGUAGGGCUUUAUGACCGGCUGAUCCUAACACAGGCCACGUCAACCGAGUUCCUGAACCAGUUCUGGCAAGCCUUCCUCUCUGGAAACCCGGAACGCGCUGGCGAAGUUCAAUCUCUAUCCGAAUCACUGGCGCGCUCAAUGGAGCGCAUCAAAGCCGUGGCCAAUGACGCUGAAGCCGAACGCCAGGUUGAAGUCGACCGGCGCAAGCACGCCGCGCGCGAGUAUUUCGAAAGAACCAAGCGCAAGCCCAGGCUGAACCUGGAUGAGAUUGAGGGCGGGCAGAAAGUGGUCAAUCAGCUGCUUGGGCCGACAUCGUCCGCGUUGCAGCUAGCAAUGGCCCGGUACCAGACAGCGCUGGAGGCGGAGAAGGCGGAGGUGGCCAGAGAAGCAGCCUCGAUGGCUGUUUAA